GAACAGAACAAACUUCUAGGGGAAGGAAAAUCUAAUUUUCCUAACUCGGCGCAACGCAGUCCAUCUCUCAAAAUGAUUUUCCUCUUAUUCCUUGUGUUAACCUUGAUUACGGCGCAGGCGGCGGAAUCCGAGUCCCUUCUCCGACCAAAUGGUGUUAGGCUAUCAGUUCAUUCGCUAACAGAAAUCAUAAAUCGUGACACAUUAAAGCCGGCACAGGAAAAUGACGGCCUCCCGAUUGCUCCCAUGCACUAUGUUGAGUUGCCUCUUAAUCAUGGUGAUCCUACAUCGCCGAAGUUUAGGAACAGGUAUUGGGUGGAUGAUACUUAUUAUUCACCUGGAGGUCCCAUUUUCUGUAUGUAGGAAACCGGGCGCCAACAUGACGGGAUGGGAUGUUAAUAUUUUCUAGUUUUCGAUAAUGGGGAAUCAGAUGCAGGCGGUACGGAAGCGUAUCUGAGGAAGGGCGCCACGGGAUCGCUAGCUAGAGAGUUCAAAGGGUAUUUUCUCGCCUCCCUCGGCCGGUUAGAAGAAUCCGUGAAUUUAACUGUUCCGGGUACAAGGCUUCUGAUAUUAUGGGAGCACCGAUUCUAUGGUGCCUCAAUGCCAGACAUGACAAGUGCCAUGCGAUUCACGCCCGAUAAAAUAGCGGACUACCUAAAGUAUCACACGAUCGAGCAGGCGCUGGAGGAUGUCGUUGUGUUCGCAAAACAAUUCACCUUCGGCAACGAGAUUGUCUCUCCCGGAGAGGUCCCUUGGGUGUUCCUGGGUGCGCCCUUCGAAUUAUUCUCCAUAGCUAAGUGCUAUUUUACUAACAGAAGAUGGUUCAUCAGGAGGUUCUUACCCUGGUGCAAGGGGCGCUUGGAUGCGGGCUCGUAAUCCGGACAUCUUCCAUGCAAGCUUGGCUUCAUCUGCUGUGGUGCAGCUUCAGAUGAAUUUUUGGCAGUAUUACCGCGUAGUUGAAGAGUAGCUAUCCUCCCCAUCCAACCCUGCCAAUAAGCACGCUGAUCCUGUUGACCAAGAACCAUGGCAAAAACCGGCUACGGCAAUUGCUCAGCAGACAUCCGCCGCCUAAAUAAAUGGGUUGACAACGCCUUCGAUAAUCAAAAUGGGUCAGCUGUCGACCAAUUCCUUGAGAAAAUCACCGGCCCGGAAAAUUCGGACCUGUGGAAUUUCUUCCACUUUGACGACUCCCCGGAUCCGGAGGAAAUAUGGGACAACAGGAGAUUGAAUUUGAGGGGUGCAAUCGAAAUCAUUUUCCGUGAUUUCCAGUAUGUCGGGAUGAAUGGGGUUCUAAGGGUUUUCUGCGAUGGUUUGCAGUACUUCGGUGACCCAAAGAGAGGGAGAACGGACUUCCGGAAUGCGAGUGGGAUAUUUGAGGCGCAUAAUGCCAGCGCUGCUAUCGACAUAUAUGCAAAAGUUUUAGCAGCACUCUGGCCGAAGAUUCUCGAUCCAACUGAUUACCCACCCGAUGGAGUGAAGAUUGAUCAAGUUUAUAGCGUGGAUUGCGCAAUUAGUCAGAGCACCUGCAAAGAAAUAAUUACACUGUGGUCCUGGGUUUACCAGACUUGCGUUGAAUUCGGUAUCCCAAUUCCCUCCAGAAUCACUAGGCCUAACUAACAUUCACUUAGGCGGCUACCAAACCGCAAAUGUUUCCCGCCCAACGAACCUCCUCCCCAAAUUCGAAACCCUCGAAAAUGACCUCAAGGAUUGUAAAGGUUGGUUUGGCAAUGCUGUGGCAGGCGGACCCAAUCUAGAUCCCAUCAACAAAAAGUAUGGCGGCUGGAACAUGAAUCCAUCGAAUGUCUUCUGGAGCGAUGGUGAAAUCGACCCCUGGCGCUCCCUCACCCCCAAUUCUAUUGAAGACAAUGCACCAAAGCGUCCUUCUACAACCAAGAUUCCCUCGUCUGGGAGCACUGCCGGAGGCAACACGUUCUUCGGGUUUGUCAUUAAGGGGGGAUCUCACUGCGCGGAUUUAGGACAGCACGUUGGACAGGGGCCUGAUGAAAAUCGAACCAAUCUAUCCCCGGAUACAAUAGGCACAAAAGUUCCAGCGGGCUAUGUGCCGGAAGCGGAUACUGCUCAUAACUUGUUUAAGGGUGCGUUGAGGAUUUGGUUACCGGCGUUUAAGGCACAUCCAUUAUCCAGUGAGUCCACGUUCAAUCGGGAUACAGUGGGCAGUGAGAACAAUCGACCCAGCAGAUCCAACAGCGACGAUGAAGACGGCGAGAAGGGUUUAGCAACAUCUCUAUCGGCGUCUAGAUGCUUCUACUCAGCGCUCAUUGUCAUCGGGGUUUGCGCCAUGUUGUAAAGGGACCGCUCGAUAUAUUUCUCCCAAAAACUACAAUUACUCGUACCCACACCAUUUUUUCCUUUUUCUUAAAUCGGCAGCACUAGCAUGUACUCAUAUAUCACGGCUUUGGCUUCAUACGGGCGGCGUUUUGUUUGUUAAUUUCUUUUCGGAUUACGGUAUAAGAUAUCUUCUACGUUUUUGCUUGGGGUUACUGAGUGGCUGAGCAAGGUUCGGGGCUCUUUUUCGACUAUGAUUACUCAUUGGGUAAGUGACUGUAAGAGCAUUAUGAAACUCUAUAUCAUACAAUUUCUAUCCAUAAUUCCGUCAGUAAUCCAACAGCUGAAUGACAACCAAAGAUUUCCACGGUCAGCACCACUUAGAGAGAACGAUUUCCCAUGACCGAUGCUGUACUAGAGCUCGUGAUAAUCAUGGAAGUUAUGUGGCGUUCCCGUGAGUUCCAGCUUUGCGUCCAGUCACUUCCCGAAAGCUGAUAGUCGGACCCAACACGAAAGCCCCGCAAGAACCACAAGCCUAAACCGGGUAGAAUAUCAAUAGUUGGUUCCCCGGGGAAACAUUGCAGCUAUGGCAACGGAAUCGACCUCCUAGAGCGGAGAAUUUCAUAAAAAUCGCUAUUUCCCCGUGGAGGAGUCCAGGCGGUUAAGUAUUGGGGCAGUGAAGAUAUCAAGCUACCAGACAAACCAAUCCAAUUUAUGGCCCCACGAGCUGGGCCACCCCGCAUUGGGAAAAAAGAGAACUACCCUAGAACC